AUGUCGAAACCCGUCGACCCCAACAUCGAACUCUUCAAAUCUAUCGGCCUCUCGCAGGCCAAAGCAGCAGAAGCUGCCAAGUCUCCCAAAAGUGCAACGAUUUUGAAGGAGAUUAUUGAAGGAAAUGCAAAGAUCGCUGCGGGUGUCGAGGAGAAACAAGCGGGUCUUAUCGCUUCCCUAUCUGUCUCGCUAGCCAAGGCGGAUUUGGGUGCCCCCGAGAGGGAUUAUGUUAUCAAUAAGAUUUUGAAUGGGGAUUUGAAGACGGUGGAUCAGGUUAACGCCGCUGUCAAAUACCUCCAAGCCAAUCCAUCCCCCGUCAACGAUGCUGAAUUCGACAAGGAAUGCGGUGUUGGCUUCAGCAUCACACCCGAACAAAUCUUUGAACACGUCAAGUCGUACCUUGCGUCCAAUACCGUUACGGGAUGGGCAAAUCUCGGUGCUGUGAUUACGGGCGUCAAAGCCAACCCCGACCUCCGCUGGGCCGCCCCUGUGGAAAUCAAGAACGCAGUAGAGAAGGCAUUUUUGGAGACCUUUGGACCAAAACAAGCUGCUCAGCCCAAGGCAAAGGAACCCAAGAAAGAUACCAAACCAAAGGCUCAAUCGUCUGAAGCGGCCACCCCAGCUCAAUCGAGAAAGACUGUAUUCGAAGAAGGUUUCCUUGGUAACCUCCACAAACCCGGCGGAAACCCUCAAAUCCACCCACACCUCCGCGAAGCUCACCUCGCCGCUACCGGUGGAAAUGUCUGGACUCGUUUCCCUCCUGAACCCAAUGGCUACCUCCACAUUGGUCACUCCAAGGCCAUCUUUGUCAACUUCGGUUAUGCGGCUCACCAUAACGGCAAAUGCUACCUCCGAUACGAUGAUACCAAUCCAGAGAAAGAGGAGGCAAGAUAUUUCGAGAGUAUUUUGGAGAUGGUGCGAUGGUUGGGAUAUGAGCCGUGGAAGAUCACCUAUUCGAGCGAUUACUUCGACCAACUGUACGAACUCGCUGUGGAACUCAUCAAGAGGGAUAAGGCAUACAUCUGCCACUGUACUCAGGAGGAGAUCAAGGUUGACCGAGGGGAGAAGAGGGGACAACCAAGACCUUGCAUUCACCGCGAUCGGCCUAUCGAGGAAUCACUUACUGAAUUCGAGGGCAUGAAGAACGGCAAAUACAAGCCCAAAGAAGCCUUCCUGCGCAUGAAACAAGAUUUAACCGACGGAAACCCUCAGAUGUGGGAUUUGACCGCAUACCGAGUUUUGGAAACUCCCCAUCAUCGCACUGGAAGCAAGUGGAGGAUAUACCCAACUUACGACUUCACCCAUUGUCUUGUGGAUAGUUUCGAGAAUAUCUCACAUUCCCUUUGUACCACUGAAUUCAUUGCCUCGCGCCAAUCCUACGAUUGGCUCUGCGAUGUGCUCGAGGUCUACAAGCCCAGACAAUCCGAGUACGGUAGACUCAACCUCGAAGGCACCAUCAUGUCCAAGCGCAAGAUCCUCACCCUCGUCGAGGAAGGAUAUGUCAACGGCUGGGACGACCCACGUCUCUACACCCUCAUCGCUCUGCGACGACGAGGCAUUCCUCCUGGUGCCAUUAUCUCCUUCGUCAGCACACUCGGUGUCUCCACCGCCCCAUCCAAUAUCGAGAUCGCCCGGUUCGAACAGAGCGUCAGGCAGUACCUCGAGAACUCUGUUCCUCGGCUGCUGAUGGUACUUAAACCCCUCAAGGUGACCCUCGAGAACGUCCCAGACGACUAUGUUACCUUUGUCGAGAAACCUCUGCACCCCAAGAUCCCAGAGCUCGGAACUGCCACCAUUCCCUUUAGCAAGGUCCUCUACAUCGACGCGGACGACUUCCGACUUGAAGACUCCAAGGACUACUUCCGCCUCGCACCAGGGAAGACUGUCGGAUUGUUCCAAGCUCCCUAUCCCAUCACCUGCACUUCGUACAAGACGGAUCCAGAGACGGGCGCCGUUACCGAGCUUAUCUGCAAGCUUGAGAAUGAAGGCCAGCUGAAGAAACCUAAGGCUUUCAUCCAAUGGGUUGCUGAACACGCGCCUUCCGGAAGCCCUGUGAGGAUCGACGAGACGCGCAUCUUCCACCGGCUUUUCAAGAGCGACAAGCCUGGUAGCGACUUCAAGAACGAUAUUGCACCCGACAGUCUCGAAGUCGUGAGGACGGCCAUGAUCGAGGUCGGUUUCUUGCCGUUGGCGAAGAAGAUGCUGGAUGAUGCGCGCAAGGAAGCCAAGCAGAGGACAGAGAAGGCCAACAAGGAAAGCGCGCCAGCUGCUGACGAUGACACUCCUCACGCCACCGCUGAACAGUUAGUCGGCAAUGAGUGCGUGCGCUUCCAGGGACUUCGGGUCGCAUAUUUCGCGCUCGACAAAGAUGCACGGCUCGAGUGCCUCAACACUGCUCCUGAGGUCAAGGCCGAGAGGAAGCAAGGGGAUUAUAUCGUCCUUAACCGCAUCGUUAGUCUGAAGGAAGAUUCAGGCAAAUCAUCAUGA